CUUUCACGUGUAUUUCUAGCUUGCUUUUCGGCGGCAGGUGCAACCUCAGCACCAACCAUAACACCGGGAUAAAGCUAACGGGACUCUAGAGACGCAAUGCACCGAGUACUGUUGGUGUUUCUGGCCGCUGCCGGGGCGUCGGUCCUCGGCCCCCCCAGGCUCAACGGGUCCCCGGUGGCCGGGCCCUGCCUCGCCCCGCCGCAGUGGGAGGGCAGCUGGGUGCUGUACGACCACAGCACCGGGAGAAACAACCGGGCCGCCGUGUCCUACGACGGCCUGAACCACAGGAUCCGGAUCCUGCAGCAGAACAAGAAACACACCCCGUGUCAGAAGUUCUUUGAAUACAUCUACUUGUACCAGAGCAUGGUGAUGUUCCAGAUCGAUCAGAAGACCAAGGACUGCUCUAAGGUGGCUCUGACGGAGGACUGGGACCCCUUCGACAUCCCAGACAACUCCACCUUCGAGGACCAGUACAUCAUCGGAGGCCCCGGGGACAACGUGGAGGUCCAGGAGUGGUCGGACAGGAAGCCGGCACGCCGACAUGAGACCUGGGUGGGCGUUUACACCGUGAAGGACUGCUACCCGGUGCAGGAGACCUACGUCAGGAACAGCAGCGUCACCACCUCCACCCGCUUCUUCAACCUCCGCCUGGGCAUCAGAGACCCCGACGUCUUCACCCCGCCCAGCACCUGUCAGUCAGCCCGGCCCCAGAGGAUGGACGAGUCCACCUGCUGAGUCCACUGCUGAGUCCACCUGCCGACCCCCGCCUUUGACCUUUUAGAUCCUUAACAUCCGUCUGUAUGAAGGGAAAUAUGGUGCGUAACUAUGGUGCGUAACUACGGUAAAUAUGUGCGAGAGCUUGUAGACCUGAUGUGAAAAAUGCACAUUUCAACUACAAGUUCAGAUUUUUUUUAAACAACCUCUUAGGUUAGGGUAGAAACGUAGCGCCCUGGAUGGGCCCUGCGAGGGGCACCGGCACAAGGGGGACCACCAGUGGGAAUAAAACACUUAAAACCUCCUUUAAAAAACCUGGUUCGGGUCUAAAAAGCUGUUUAAAAGAAGGCCAAAGGACCACAGGACAGGACGGACAGCGGGGACAUAAAACUCUAAAUAAAAGGUCUCCUCCACUCCGACUCUCUCCCCGAGACACUAACACAUGAUUACAAUAAAUACAAUUACAAUAAUUAAAAUAUAUAUACACAUUUUCACAAAUUUUAACACAAUUUUCCGUUCUGCAAGUGCUCACAUCAGUCUACAAGCUCUAGCGCUGCGCACCGUAACGACCGUCACUCUUCUGAGUCCGAAAUCCCCCCGACCCUCGAAUCUUCAGUCAUUACUAUCUACGUAACGGACUCUCAGUCGGUUACUCACAGCGAUUAGGAAACUGAGACUCUUUAUUUACUAUAUUAAUCAGCUUUCCUGUAAAUGUGCCGGUGUCGUGCAGCCAGUAAACCUUUCUGACUGUACUGCUAGUUACCCGUUACUCCUAGUAACCGGAGCAACCGGAGGCAGUCUCGCAUCGCCAGACCCUCCUCCACAGCGCGGCGGAGGAGGGUCUGGCUAGUCCACACAGCAUUCUGGGAUGGGAGAAACGUGUGCUCUUGUUAAUUGACUUUUUUUUUAAACCAUGUUAACAGACAGAAGUGUACAUGCCCUAGACAUUUAUUUUAUUCUUUUCAUUCUGUUGCACCGGGCUACAUAGAGCACACAUUUCACACUCAGAUGACAUGGUGCAGGGUAAUUAUAGAGCAUAUAGAGCAUCGUAAAGUUGAAAGGGAGUGAUUUCGGACGCAGUCUUUGUCUCGUGUUUUAUAGAACGGUUUGAUUAUUUGCUGCUAAUUAGCUGGAACUGUUUUCAGGACCAACGGGCCCUCUCAUGCUGCAGUCUAACGAACUAGCUCAUUAACCGAUUCGCUUCAUGCUUAAAGAAAGGUGACGUUUAGUGUUGGCAGAGCAGUCAAGUCAUGUUAUUAAUUAACCAGCUACCAGGCUAGCGGUUAGUUGGGUUUCAGGAGUCGUUUUAAUUACAUGCUGACGAGCGUUUGCUAAUUUCUUUGCUCACGGCCGGCGGUUUGAUAAAUCCAAAUCAUACACGUGAAGCGCCUCAGAAAAACAUGAGCAGACGCUAAAAUCUCAGGCGUAAUGGUCUUUAAUUUCCAUUGAGAUCCAGGCAUAUUUACUCAGACAUGCAGUGUUGUUUUUUUAGGUUUAAAAGACUUUUUUUCUUUUUUUUUCCAGUCCCAAUAUAUUGCGUUCAGCUUUAUCUAAACAGCACAUUUCAACAACGAGGCGAUUCACAAUGCUUUACGUAAAACAUUCGAGAGCAUUUAAUAAUCAUUAAGGAGAAUAUUUACCCUCCUGUUGUCCUCGGGGUCCAACCUGACCCGUUUUUCAAAGUUUCCACUCAAAAAAUAUGUGUUUGUUUUAACCAAAUUGGCAAAAAAAACAAAAAAAAACACGGUUGGUUCAAUACAACAUUCUUCGCAAUAUCAUUGAAUUCUGGAUGUUAUGUUAAAUUUUACAGCAUUUGGAGGAGAAAAAACUGUUUAAAUGGUUUAAAAAACAUUUCCGUAAUGAACUCUGACAAAAGUCUUCCUCGUAUUUUAACUUAAUUGUCAAUGUUUCAUAAUUUCUGCUUUUAAACUCAAAAAUUAGGCAUAAAAUAAUACAAAUGAGGUUUAUUAUGGAUUUUUAAAAAAUUAUUUAAUGCGUAGAAUCCAUCACUUUCAUUAGUAUAGGAUUAUUAUUUUAGGAAUUAUGCAUGACAUUUAAAUUAGCAUUUUUGCAAAAGUUUCACGUACGCCCUGCGGUACGCCAAAGUACCCCUAGGGGUACACCACCCCUGUAGUACUCCAAAGUACCCCUAGGGGUACACCACCCCUGUAGUACUCCAAAGUACCCCUAGUGGUACACCACCCCUGUAGUACUCCAAAGUACCCCUAGUGGUACACCACCCCUGUAGUACUCCAAAGUACCCCUAGUGGUACACCACCCCUGUAGUACUCCAAAGUACCCCUAGUGGUACAUGUACCCCCAAUUUGAGAAACAAUGUUGUGGGUGCUUUUCUUGAUGUUUUUUUCAAUUUCUUUUGAUAUUUUUAAUGUUGAUAUUUUCAGCGCUUAUUUCAACGGCCCAUUUUUUUGUAAAAAAAUUUUUUUUAUAAAUUAUCUGAAAAUGGGUCAAUUUGACCCAAGGACAACAUGAGGGUCAAAAAGGGACAAGUACAUAAAUCAGCAUGAGCACAAAGUCCAACAUUUAGAGUAAGUGUGCCAGGUUUAGCCCCGCAGGCUAAUGCUCAUCAGCAGGUUGAUGGUUUAACCCUCCUGGUGUCUUCAGGUCUAACGUGACCCUUUUCCAAAAAGUUUCUAUGUCAGAAAUUUGGGUUCCUUUCAACAAUAAUGUCCAAAAAAGUAACGUGGAGGGUUCCCAACAACGCUCCUCGCAAGUUAAAUAAAUAAUGAGUUCACUACUUUUCAUUGAAUUUGUGUUUUUUGUCAAUUUUACAGCAUUUGGUGCGUAAAAACCGCUGCUCCGUGCUGAGCUCUGAGACCGGGGACAGAGAGCUGAGCUGUCUAGUUCCUCAUGUAGCAGCAGAUCAGAAAUAAACCGCUCAGCUAUUUAUAAACUAACACAGGGGGGUAGAAAGUAGAAACUCACGGCUACAAUGUCAUAUGUAUGAAUAUUGGUUUUUAUUUAAGCAAUAAAGCAACUGUCUGGAAUCUA